AUGGAGCUAUUGCACGUGAUAAUAAAGUCGGGACCGUCUCCGCGACCGCUGGCAUGGUCGCUGGAGGUAUCGCCGUCGGAGAGUAACGAAGAUUGGCGCAUGGUACGCGCCUACGGAGACCGGGACCAUUGCAUGAAGCUCUGGGAUCUAAGGCCCGAACGGCGGAGGAGGAAGGCUAGAGCAGCCAAAAGGAUAAGCAGAUCUGAUAAACUGACCUGCUCCACCCAGUUCGCUAGUCCACGCCCCUUGGAAAAUGGUGAAAUGCACGUUGCGAUAGGAGAGGGUAUAUCGGCGCGUCGUGUUCGCGUCAGCUUCCGCGCGGCGCACGCUGCGGCGCCCAUGCAGCAAUAUUACAGCGUGAGGGAGCUGACCCUGGCCGCCAGGUGCCUCUGCCACGGCCACGCCAGCCAGUGCGCGGUUGACGCUGAGGGCGCCCGCUGCUCAUGUCUGCACGACACCUGCGGUGCCCACUGCCAGCGGUGCUGCUCUGGUGGCGAGUGGCGACCCGCGUCCGCGUGCACCACCGCCACCAGCCCCACCAACCCCACCAACCCCACCACCGACCACACCGAGGACUGCUCCUGCGGACAGCGCGGCGCCUGCUCCUACGACGACACGGGCGCGAUAAUAUGCAUGAACUGUACGGCUUUUCAGGACAAUCGCGCUGGGCCACUGUGCGAUCGGUGCCUGUUCGGCUACUACAGCGCUGUGCCUGACGGGCUGUGCGUCCCUUGCGAAUGCGACCCAGAGGGGUCUGACGGCUCCUGCAUUUGGGACAAAAAGCAUCACCAGGUGAGGUGCAGCUGUAAGCCCGGGUAUUCCGGAGGGCAGUGCGACGCCUGCGCGGAUAGCGAGGCCUCCUUCCCCGGCUGUGGCCUCGAGGAAACGACCCCCGCCUGCAAAUGCGACCCCAGGGGCAUUGUGGACUCCAGCCGCGUCUGCGAUGAGGUCUGCGAGUGUAAGGCGAACGUGGUGGGCGAGCGGUGCGACAGAUGCGCGGCUGGCCACUACGGGCUCAGCGGCGAGCUGGUCUCCGGCUGCCGGCCCUGCUACUGCUCCCACGUGACGGACAGCUGCCACGCGGAGAGGGAGCCGGCGCGCGACAUGGUGCUGCCCCUCGGCGAUGCUUGGCUGAUCAGCGACUGGCAGGGAGAAGAGACUUACGAGCCAUCAGUCGACGACCAGGGAAAGCCUUUUCUGAUAAGCUAUGAAGUCGAGGGUUGGGAGAACUACUACUGGCUGACGAAUACCUUCAACGGGGAGCAGCUCUCGAUGUACGGCGGCGAAAUUAGGGCCAGCCUCUUUUGGGGGGUGGCCCGUGGGGACACCGGCGGGAGCCCCACCGUCGGACCCGACCUCGUACUCGUCUCAGCUGACGGCUCGAGACUCGCGUACAGCAACAGCAGCCACGAGAGUCCGGGUGAGCUGGAGCUGACCGCCUCCCUGCUGGAGGGCGGCUGGCGCACCGACCUUGGAGACGUGGCCAGCCGCAGCCAGCUGAUGGACGCGCUCAGCGACGUCCGAGGGCUGAUGCUGAGGGCGCACUUCCACAACGACCAGGACGAGGUGGGCCCCCACUUUCAGAAGGUCUCUGCUGAGUGGAACGACAGCUUAGCUGACAGCUCACAGCUGACUGGACCGAGGCCCCGUGGAAGAUGUGGACUUAAACGAUUAAUA